UAUCGGCUCACGUUCUCACUUUCUCGCCCCCACAGGAAAAUUUUCCCACCAAGCAAAGAAAAAGAGAACCGAAGGAAAAUUUUAAUUUUAAUUUUAUUUUUAGGAUAGAGAGAGAGUAAGAAGACGGUCUCUUACCAGAGGGUCGAAGAAGAUAACGAUAGCAAACCCUAGGAAUUAGAAUAACUUGCGGCCGCAGCGGCGCCUUUCUUUGUUUGAUUUCUGGAACGAUUGUUGCCGCUUAGGUUUGCCCUCGUAUUUUCUGUGCUUCGUGUUUCGAGUUUUUUUUUUGGUUGUAAACUUUUAAAUUCCUUUUAGGUUGGGGAUUUUUAUUGUGAUUCUGAUUAGCGGUGGUUUGGAGCUCCAGAUUACGGCAGCAGGAGGCUGAUUAGGGCUGGGGCAGAGGUUUUGGUUGUUUGGUGUGAAGUUGAGCGGUGGGGUUUUCAGAGGGGGCCGUGGCUUCCCAUGCGAUUGUGUUGGUUUUCAUGCCGCCUGAACCAUUGCCUUGGGAUCGGAAGGACUUCUUCAGAGAGAGGAAGCACGAGAGGUCGGAGUCCCUAGGGUCUGUCGCCAGAUGGAGGGACUCGUCCCAUCAUGGUUCGCGAGAGCUCAAUCGAUGGGGAUCGGCCGAUUUUCGCAGACCAUUAGGUCAUGGUAAGCAAGGAGGUUGGCACUUUUUCUCUGAGGUGUCUGGCCAUGGGUAUGCAUCUCGGUCCAGUGAGAAGGUGCUAGAAGAUGAUGGCUGCCGGCCUUCUAAUUCUCGUGGGGAAGGGAAAUAUGGCAGGAGUAGUCGGGAAAAUAGAGGUUCUUAUAAUCAAAGAGAAUGGAGGGGUCACUCCUGGGAAACAAAUAAUGGGUUUUCAAACACACCUGGAAGAGUGCAUGACGUGAACAAUGAACAGAAAUCACGAGAAGAUUUGCCAUCAUAUUCAUCUCAUUCGAAUGGUGGCUUUGGAAACACAUGGGAUCAGGUUCAGUUUAAGGACCAACAUGAUAAGACAGGUGGUUCCAUGGGGUUGGGCACAGGGCAGAGAUGUGACAGGGAGCAUUCUCUGGGCUUAAAUGAUUGGAAGCCGAUGAAGUGGACGAGAUCUGGAAGCUUAUCUUCAAGAGGAUCAGGUUUCAGCCAUUUGAGUAGCUCUAAGAGUGCUGGGGCUAUAGAUUCAAUUGAUGCUAAGGUCGAAUCCCAGACGAAAAAUGCAACUCCAGUUCAGUCUCCUUCGGCAGAUGCUAACGCAUGUGUGACAUCUGCUGCACCAUUGGAAGAGACAACAUCCAGGAAGAAGCCUCGCCUUGGAUGGGGUGAGGGAUUGGCCAAGUAUGAGAAAAAGAAGGUUGAGGGCCCUGAGGUUACCUUUAACAGAGGUGGGGCAUUUACUGUAAGCAAUGCAGAACCUUCCCAUUCUCUCAGUUCAAGCCUGAUUGAUAAAAGCCCUAGAGUUACUAGUUUUUCAGAUUGUGCAUCUCCUGCAACUCCAUCUUCUGUUGCUUGCAGCUCUUCCCCAGGUGUGGAGGAGAAAUCAUUUGGCAAGGCAGUGAGUAUAGAUAAUGAUAGUAGCAACUUAUGUGGCUCACCUGGUCCUGUGUCUCAUAAUCAUUCAGAAGGGUUCUCAUUUAACUUGGAAAAAAUGGAUUCCAACUCGAUAUCAACAUUGGGUUCGUCACUAGUUGAGUUACUACAGUCAGAUGAUCCAAAUUCAAUGGACUCAACUUAUGUGAGGUCUACUGCAAUUAAUAAGUUGCUUGUUUGGAAGGCUGAAAUUUCAAAGACAUUGGAGGUGACUGAAACAGAAAUUGAUUCACUUGAAAAUGAACUCAAGUCGUUGAAAUCCAUCGCUGUAGGUAGCUCUCCAUCAGCUUCUAGUUCUUUGCCUGCAGAGGACCAUUUAAAAUCUUCUGAAGAAGGUGUUAUUACCCAUCUUAUCCCACGUCCUGCUCCGUUGCAAAUUAGAUCUUCUGGUGAUGCAGUUGUGGAGAAGUUACCAAUCAGCAAUGGUGAUCAGGAGGAAGCUUGUGCAAAUGUAAAGGCUGAGGAUGUUGAUAGUCCUGGAACUGUGACUUCGAAGUUUGUUGAGCUACUAUCUUUGGCUAAAGCUGUAUCUUCUUCAGAUAUGCUGAAUCAUGCUGCUGGGAAUUUGGAUCACAUUCCAUUGACCAACAAGGAAGUGCAACACUCAGUGCUUGGUUCAGGAGGAGAAGAAACUGUUCCAGGUACUUGUGGGGAUUGUAGUAUGCUAACUGAGGGUGAAUUAACUGCACCUAUAACUGAUACUUUGGGUUCAUGUACUGAUGGAGAAGUUAAAUUACAUAGUGUCAUUUUGUCGUCAAAUAAAGAAUUAGCAAAAGGAGCUCAUGACAUAUUUAAUAAGCUAUUGCCACAAGAUGAUUUUAACUUAGAUAGUUCUGAAGGUUGCAAUGCUGCAUCUCGGCAGGAUUACGCACUAGUUAGAGAGAAAUUUGUGAUGAGGAGGCAAUUUAUAAAGUUUAAGGAGAGAGUUAUAACCUUAAAAUUCAGAGCCUUCCAAAGCUUGUGGAAAGAAGACAUGCAUUUGCUAUCUAUAAGGAAGCACCGUGCAAAAUCUCAGAAAAAGUCUGAUUUAAGCUUACGGUCAGUGCAUAAUGGUUAUCAAAAGCAUCGAUCUUCCAUCCGUUCUCGUUUUUCUUCACCAGCAGGAAACUUAAGUUUGGUCCCUACAGCAGAAGUUAUGGAUUUUACAGGCAAGUUGCUGUUGGAUUCCCAGAUCAAGCUUUAUAGGAACAACUUGAAGAUGCCUGCUCUAAUUUUGGACAAAAAGGAGAAGAUCGUGUCAAGGUUUAUUUCUAAUAAUGGAUUAGUUGAAGAUCCCUGUGUUGUUGAGAAGGAGAGGGCUAUGAUUAAUCCCUGGACCCCUGCAGAAAAAGAAAUUUUCAUGGAUAAGCUAGCUACUUGUGGGAAGGAUUUUAAAAAAAUUGCCUCUUUUCUUGACCACAAGACAACUGCUGACUGUGUUGAGUUCUACUACAAAAAUCACAAAUCUGAUUCUUUUGAGAAAAAGAAGAAAUUGGACUGUGGUAAGCAGGUCAAGUCCUUGGCUAAUGCUACGUACUUAAGGCUAAACAAAAAGUGGAAUCGUGAGAUGAAUGCUGCCUCCCUUGAUAUUCUGGAUGUGGCUUCAGUGAUGGCGGCCAAUGCUGAUGAUAAUAUGAGAAAUCGGAAGACAUGCUCUGGAAGGUCGAUUUUGGGAGGAUUGAGUGAAUCUAAAGCAUCAUGGGGUGAUGAUGGUACUGAUGAAAGAUCAUCUAGCUUUGAUAUCAUUGGGAAUGAUAGAGAAACAUUUGCUGCUGAUGUUCUGGCUGGUAUAUGUGGAUCCCUAUCAUCAGAGGCGAUGAGUUCUUGUAUUACAAGUUCUGUUGAUCCUGGGGAGGGCUACAGGGAGUGGAGGUCCCAGAAAGUUGAUUCUGUAGUUAGACGCCCUUUAACACCUGAUGUUACACAACAUGUUGAUGAUGGGACUUGUUCUGAUGAGAGUUGUGGAGAAAUGGAUCCAACUGAUUGGACAGAUGAGGAAAAAUCUUUCUUUGUCCAAGCAGUUACAUCAUAUGGUAGGGAUUUUUCCAAGAUCUCUCAAUGUGUCAGAUCGAGGUCUCGGGAUCAGUGCAAGGUUUUCUUCAGUAAGGCUAGGAAGUGCCUUGGUCUUGAUGUGAUACAUCCUGGAGCAGGAAAUGAAAGAACAUUUACAGGUGAUGAUGCUAAUGGAAGUGGAAGUGGUUCUGAAAAUGUCUCUGCUCGAGAAAUGGGUUCAGGUAUUUGCAGUGAUAAGUCAGGUUCUAAAAUGGACGAGGACUUGCCAUUGUCUGCCAUGAAGAUGAAUAAUGAUGAAACUGAUCCAGCUGAGAACUUUACUUCACAAACUGCACUGAGCAGGUCAGAGGGAAAAAAUGAAAAGGAGCAGCUAAACAGUAAAAGAAACAUUGGGGCUUCAGAAUCUCAGGUGUCUGAUCCAUGUCCGACUCAGAGUAGGCCCAAUUUAGUGUCUGAUGGUGAUAGUACUAUCACACAAAGUGUUGGUGAAACAAAGAUACUUCCUAUCGAAGAAAGAAACUCUGUGUUGGCUGGUAUAGAGACUGAAAGGAAGGAUGGGGAUGAACAGGGGACUUCUGUUGCAGAAUCGGUAUCUGUUUGUGAGGGAAAUGAAAAUGAUAAGCUACUUAAUGCAGAAUCUAUGAUUGGGAUGAAACCUGUAGAUGAAGUAUCUUCUGAUGAACUUGGGAACCAAACGGACGGGCAAGAUGAGAAGUGCAAUGCAAGUACAAGUGGGCAAAGUGGCUUAGACUCUGUGGUACAGGAUUCAAAUUCAAUUGGCAAUGCUUCCCAAAUGGCUUCUGAUAGAAAUUCUUGUUCAGGUUUCAGUCUGAACCCUGACUACCAGCGUCAAGUGUCUAUUGAGUUGAAUUCCAAGGAAAAGUCUUGUGUAAUCUCAUGUUCCCAAGAGACUCCUCUUGUUUCUGCCAAUUCAAUGUCGCUGGACUCUGAUGUCAUUCAGUGUGAGAAAAAUGGUAAUGAAGAUAAAAUUUCAUCAUCACUGGAUUUUCAGGAGAGCAGGGAUGUGUGUCAUAUAUCUGUUUGUAAAGAUGAAUCUAAUGAGCAUGUAACAGGUCUUCCUUUAUUAACCAAUGCUCAAUCCUCCCAGGUUCUGAGGGCCUAUCCAUUACAAAUGCAAGUGAAAAAAGAGGUGAAUGGGGGUGUCAUGUGCAGAAAUUCCUCUGAAGUUCAAAGCCUUUCCAGUUCAGAAACAAGUAGCAAUGCUCCUUUAUCGCAAAAUUGUUAUCUACAAAGGUGCAGCAAUUUGAAUACUCCGUGUUCAAUGACUGAGUUUCCACUCAUGUCUCAAAAUAUAGAACAAGCAAUUGAUGGCCGGAAAUCUCGUUCCCAGAGUUUGUCAGAUUCAGAAAAGCCAAGCAGGAGUGGUGGUGAUGUGAAAUUGUUUGGUAAGAUACUUACCACCCCGUCUUUGCUGAAGGCAGAUUCCAAUUAUUGGGAGAAUGAAGAAAAAGAAGGGAGUAACAAUCAUAAGUUGAGCAACCAGUCUAAUCUGAAGUUCAGUAACCUCCACAAUUCAGAUGGAAAUUCUACCCUCUUAAAGUUUGAUCGUAAAAAUUAUUUGGGUAUUGAGAAUGUUCAAAUGAGGAGUUACUCUUAUUGGGAUGGAAACAGAUUGCAAGCCACAUUUCCAUCUGUGCCGGAUUCUGCAAUUUUACUGGCCAAGUAUCCUGCUGCAUUCAGUAAUUUCUCCGCUCCCUCUUCUACUGUGGAGCAGCAGUCAUUGCAGUCAGUUGUCAAUAGUAAUGAACUGGAUGUGAAUGGAGUGUCAGCUUAUCCGACCAGGGAGACUAGUAACAGCAAUGGAAUGGUUGAUUAUCAGGUGUACCGGAGUCGUGAGGCUGCUAAAGUGCAGCCAUUUACUGUAGAUGUGAAGCAGAGACAAGACAUGUUCUCUGAGGUGCAGAGGCGGAAUGGAAUUGAAACUAUUUCUAGCUUUCAGCACCAAGGAAGAGGGAUGGUAGGAAUAAACGUCUUGGGGAGGGGAGGUAUUGUUGUUGGUGGAGCAUGCACUACGGGUGUUUCAGAUCCUGUGGCCGCACUGAAAAUGCACUUUGCGAAAACUGAGCAGCAGUAUGGGGGCCAGAGUAGCAGCAUCAUCAGAGAGGAUGAGUCUUGGAGAGGGAAUGGGGACAUGGGCAGAUAGUAGAUGUUAUGCCUUUUAGAUGAAUGGGGCCUCCGGAAGGCGGCCCUUUCGAGCGGCAUAUUCUUUUCAUUGCCGCGCCCUGUAUUAUAGUUUUUGUAUUGUUCAACGAUGAAAUGAUAGGGGCAAUAGAUGGGUUCUUUUGGUUCUUUUUGGUAAAUUAUCUUGUUAGGUGCGCUUGUAAUAUUCCAGCAGCUUUGUAUUUGUAUUUGAUGCCAAAAAAAAAAACUACAGAAAAUAAUUCGUUAAAGAUGGUUGGGGGGUGGGGGAAGGGUUUAUUCGGUUUUGACCAUCUUGUUCUUUUCGUAUCUUAUUAAUUUAUCUCGUUAAGUUCUACAGGUCUGCUUCCAUUCUCGCUCUCCUUUAUAGUAGGCUAUUUAUUGUUAUGGUUCAUUGAGCUUUUGGAUUGUUGACAACGUUGUGUUUUGCGGGUUUCAAUUCCAUUUAUAAUGCAUACGUUACUUUUUA